ACUGCCAAGGCAGCGUUUGUUUGUUGGUAUUAAAAAAACACCUCCUCUCUCUCUCUGUCUCUUCUCUCUCAUUUAUCCAUCAGCGUGCGACAUUUCAUUCUCAAGUCUACUCCGGCGAACUCGAAGAGACUCUCACAAGCACACACACAAACACGCACACAGAGCAAUCAAGAGGCGAGAUUGAUGAUAGAUCUGUGUUAACACCGAGUUAAAAAAUGGCGUCAUCGGAAGUAUCAAGUAAAGGCAACGCAGCGCAAGCAGAGAGCCUCUCUUCAGGCUACAGUGAUCGCAACGAUGCUGAUGGAGGCUCUAGAGCUGUUCCGGCAGCUUCCGGCGGCAAUCAAGUUGAUGCAGAGACGGCGUUGUACACAGAGCUUUGGCGAGCUUGUGCUGGUCCGUUAGUUAACGUGCCACGUGAACGCGAGCUCGUUUAUUAUUUUCCUCAAGGUCAUAUUGAACAGGUGGAGGCAUCUACUAAUCAGGUAGCGGAACAACAGAUGCCUGCCUAUAAUCUUCCGUCCAAGAUAUUGUGCCGUGUUGUUCAUGUACACCUGAAGGCUGAGCCGGACACAGAUGAAGUGUUUGCGCAAGUGACUUUGAUGCCUGAAGCAAAUCAAGAUGAGAAUGCAGUGAAGAAGGAUCCGAAGCCUCCUCCUCCACCUCGUUUUCAUGUGCAUGCCUUUUGCAAGACACUUACAGCAUCCGAUACGAGCACUCAUGGAGGGUUCUCUGUGUUGAGAAGACACGCUGAUGAAUGCUUACCCCCACUGGACAUGACAAAGCAACCUCCUACACAAGAGUUGGUGGCCAAGGACUUGCAUGGAAACGAUUGGCGAUUUAGACAUAUAUUUCGGGGUCAACCAAGGAGACACUUGCUUCAAAGUGGCUGGAGUGUGUUUGUCAGCUCAAAAAGGCUCGUCGCUGGGGAUGCUUUUAUAUUUCUAAGGGGUGAAAAUGGGGACCUUCGAGUUGGUGUUAGACGUGCUUUGAGACAGCAGGCUAGUGUUCCAUCGUCAGUCAUAUCAAGUCACAGUAUGCAUCUGGGUGUCCUGGCAACAGCUUGGCAUGCAAUUCAGACGGGUACAAUGUUCACAGUUUAUUACAAGCCUAGAACUAGCCCUGCAGAGUUUAUUGUUCCAUUUGAUCAAUACAUGGAGUCGGUUAAAAACAAUUAUUCAAUAGGGAUGCGGUUUAAAAUGAGAUUUGAAGGAGAAGAAGCCCCUGAACAGAAGUUUACUGGAACCAUAGUUGGAACUGAAGAGUCUGAUCCCAAAAGAUGGCCAGAAUCUAAAUGGAGGUUUUUAAAGGUCCGAUGGGAUGAAAUUUCUAGUAUACCUCGUCCAGAGAGAGUUUCUCCCUGGAAUAUAGAACCUGCUCUUACUCCUCCGGCAAUAAAUCCACUCCCAAUGCCUAAGCCAAAAAGACCUCGAUCAAGCAUGUUGCCAUCUUCUCCAGACUCCUCUGUCCUUACAAGAGAAGGUUCAUCUAAAUUAGCAGUAGACCCUUCGCCUGCAAGCGCAUUCUCGAGGGUCUUGCAAGGUCAAGAAAAACCGACCUUGAGAGGUGCUUUUGCUGAGAGUAACGAGUCCGAUUCAUCUGUUAAGCCUGUGGUAUGGCCACACUCCACUGACGAGGAAAAAAUGGAUGUUCUUUCUGCUAGCCAGAGAUAUAGGUCUGAGAAAUGGUCACCCUUAGGGAGGGCGGAGUCUUCAUUCACAGAUUUAUUGUCAGGGUUUGGGGGACAAACUAAUUCCUCCAAUGAUUUCUCUACUGCCUCCAGUACCCAGACUGUAGCUACUGCCCACUCGACGAAAGUACAAUUGCCAAAUCAGGAAGGAAAAUUCAACUUAAUGUCAAGCCCAUGGUCCAUGAUGUCAUCCAAUCUCUCACUGAGUCUGUCAGACUCUGUCACUAAAAGUCAUUUGCAAAAUGAUGCUUCUUUCCAGGCUCGAGGGAGUGCUAGAUAUGGAAAUUAUAAUGGUUACACCAUGUAUCCUUCUGGUCAAAUGGAUGAUCAUCAGCAGGGGAACUGGCUGAUGCCUCCACCUCUUCUAUCUUAUUCUCAUAUACCUCAUUCAAGAGAGCAGAUACCAAAAAACAUGUCAGCCCAGCAACAGGGGGUGAAACCCAGUGAUGGACAUUGUAAGCUAUUUGGAAUACCGCUCAUCAGCAACCCAACUACAAGGGAGCCAGAAGCAUUGCACAGAAAUACAAUCAUUGAUGUUGCCGAUCUGGGGGUACAGUUGCAUCAGUCACCUACCUUGGAAUCUGACCAAAGGUCUGAGAAAUCAAAGGUGCCUGAGAAGCUAAUUGAAAAUUGUGAGCAGGAGAAAGCAAUCCAAAGUCAGCCUCUUCCAAGAGAUGGUCAAGGGAAAGUACAAGGAAGUCUAACUAGGAGUUGUACCAAGGUGCAUAAGCAGGGGAUUGCACUAGGUCGAUCCGUGGACCUUACCAAGUUUAGUGACUAUGAUGAACUUAUUGCGGAACUAGAUCAGUUAUUUGAAUUCAAUGGCGAGCUAAAGGCCCGUGGCAAGGAUUGGCUAGUUGUCUAUACUGAUGAUGAGGGUGAUAUGAUGCUUGUUGGAGAUGAUCCAUGGCAGGAAUUCUGCGGCAUGGUUCGUAAAAUCUUUAUCUAUACCAAAGAGGAUGUCCAGCGGAUGGAUCCAAAAAGGUUAAAUCCCAAAGGAGAGGAAAGUUCAUUAGCUGCAGAAGGCGUAAAUGCAAGAGAAACAAAGAAUUUACCACCUCUUUCCAUUCCCGAAGAUGCUUAAUCUUAAAUCUGUUUAUAGGCACUUGUAUGAGUACCCAUCUUCCUAGAGCUUCUAAUAGCUUUUUGGCAGCUGGGACAUUGAAUUGUAAUCCGGAGAUCCAAGCUUCAACCAGAAAAAUUCCUAAUUUGCCGUGGAACCCUUGUUUCACAAUUUUGGACAGUAUGGUAGUGUGUAUGGUGUGCUGUAUAAUAUCUAAAUUGUAUACAUAAUAUACUUAGCAGAGUACUUUUGCAGCAGUUAGGACUGCCUGCCUAUGGACGUAGUAGCCCUUUCAGGCUUCCGGGCUUGUACAGAGGUUUUUCCCGUUUACAUUUUGCAUGUCAAAUUCUAAUUUACAAUACUCGAGAGAGUUAUAUAUAUGGCCUAAGUUAAAGUA